AUGGAAGCCAUCGAACGACGCGCUAGAACACCGGAGGAGCUGGCGUCAUGGGGGCAGACUCCAAUCAGCAGCAGCGCCCUUGCAAUCGUGUUCGAGCUGUCAUGCACUCGUCGAAUGGGAGCGGCGUGGCAGAGGCACGCUCUGAAAGCGGCCUAG